GGCGGAGCUUGCGGGAAGCACGCAUGCGCCCGGAGGCAAGUGGCGGCACCAGUCUGAGCGUAGGGCAAGACGGUGGCCGAGAGGGUUCGUGGAGGCGGACGGUGGCCGAGAAGGUCCGGCAUGGAGCAUCUGGAGCGCUGCGCGUGGUUUCUCCGCGGGACUCUGGUGAGGGCGGCGGUGCGGCGCUACCUGCCCUGGGCGCUGGUGGCCGCCAUGCUGGCGGGCUCUAUCCUCAAGGAGCUGUCACCGCUGCCCGAGUGCUACCUCAGCAACAAGCGCAACGUCCUCAACGUGUACUUUGUUAAACUGGCCUGGGCCUGGACAGUCUGUCUCCUUCUGCCUUUCAUUGCCCUCACCAACUACCACCUGACGGGCAAGGCCGGCCUGGUCCUGCGGCGGUUGAGCACCCUGCUGGUGGGCACGGCCAUCUGGUAUGUCUGCACAGCCCUCUUCUCCAACAUUGAGCACUACACGGGCAGCUGCUACCAGUCCCCAGCCCUGGAGGGCAUCAGACAGGAGCAUCGGAGCAAGCAGCAAUGCCACCGGGAAGGGGGCUUCUGGCACGGCUUUGACAUCUCAGGCCACUCCUUCCUGCUGACCUUCUGUGCACUCAUGAUCGUGGAGGAGAUGGCCGUGUUGGAUGAGGUGAAGACGGAUCGCGGCCACCACCUCCACACUGCCAUCACCACUCUGGUUGUCGCCCUGGGCUUUCUGACCUUCAUCUGGGUCUGGAUGUUUUUGUGCACGGCCGUUUAUUUCCAUGACUUGAUGCAGAAGGUAUUCGGCACCUUUUUUGGUUUGCUGGGCUGGUAUGGGACAUACGGGUACUGGUACCUGAAGUCCUUCUCCCCAGGGCUUCCUCCCCAGAGCUCCAGUUUGACUUUGAAGCAAGAUACUUACAAGAAAUAAAGAGAAACACGUGGGGACAUGGGGACAGCGGCUGAGAGAUUUCCCACCUACUGUGCCCAGUGACUGGCUGAACUAUGGCUCCCACUUUGGAGAGGAUGCUUACCAGGCACUUUUGUAGUGGGUGGAGUCUGGGGAACAUGCUCAGUCCUCAGACUUUGCUGGUGAUGCCACCCGUGUUGCCAGCAACACCAUUCCUGUCAGAUACUUCUCAUCUAUGGCAAAAUGUGACCUUAAUCUGUUCCAGAGGGAGAGCUAAGACUCAGCAGAGGGACAGUAGACAGCCUCAUGGUAUGGUCAAGAUGAAACCAGAGCUAUAGGACUCUCUGCUGUGGUCUCCCUGGCUCUGGUUCUCUUGAUAGGUUAGUGACCACAUUAAUGCUGUCCUUUUAACAGUGUUUCCCAAUGACUGAUCCUAAGAUGAGCAUUUAUCUCUGGCAGGUUCUUAAACAUCCCGAUGCCUAAAACACACUCUUUGGAAUAUUGACAGUUGUACCUGGCUAUGACCAGCUCCCAACAGGAGGCCACACCCUGCAGUGCCUGGAUGAUUUUUAUGUAGUGAGCAAUGAUAAGAUUUUUCUGUCUACACUGUCUAUUGUUAUGUGUAGGGUUUUGGAGAAGUUACAAAGAACCCCAUUUCCCUCUCUUCUCCCCUGAGUGAGUGCUGUGUAGUUUUUUAUUGUCACCAUGACAUUUGUUCUUUGUUGACAAAGCUCCAGGACUGCUCUUUGGCAUGUAAAAAUUGUUUUGAGGGUUUUGUUUUUAUUUUUUAGAACACUAACUUUUUAUAAACCAAACUCCUGACUUAUUGCAUUAAAUUCCACCUCGUAGAAUUGUUUGCUCUAUAAGAAUAAAGCUGGAUCCCGGGAGCAUGGUGCUGCAUGUCUUUAACCCCAGCACUGAGAAGGAAGAGGCAGAUGGAGCUCUGUGAGUGUGGGGCCAGCCUGGUCUAUAUGUUGAGCUCCAGGUCAGCCAGGGCUGCAGAGUGAGAUCCUGUCUCAAAGAAAUAAGACAAAACAAACAAACAAAAAGCAAGAAUAAAACUGGAAAGCCGACAUUUCAUUACUUAAUGAAUUUUGAGCUGAGAGAGCAAUUCUGUGAAGUGCUUGUUGGUACUCAGACUGUCCUGCCCCUCUGCUGGUCUGGUGGUAGACACAGAAUAGGGUUCAGGGUCAUAGGAUCAGAGGACAAGUACCACAGACAAGGAACUUUUACCUUUGGAGAAGAUUAUGAUAAUUCAGAAGUGAAAUGAGUGUCUCCCUUUGAUGCAAGAAACCAGCCGUAUUACAUACGGCCGCCCUGCAAAGUUGUCUGUAUUACAGAGUGGCAUGACUUUGACUCCGCCUCCUUUUCCUUGCCCCAUCAACAGAACAACCCUAAAAGGGGAGGGGCAUUCAAUCGCCAUGACAUUCUCUUUGCACCACUUCCCAGCUUCCAGCCGUGUCAUUAUGUAGCCUUCGCUGAGACUGGCUAGGGCUAGAAGUCUUGUCACCCAUGUCCCACAUGGCAAGCUUCCAGUCUCUGAUAAGAGGGCCUCUUCCUCUCCCAGGUGAUCUCUUAAGCCUGACACACUGAGCCUCAGUCUUUUGGGUGAUCACCCUUGUAGCUGCUUUGACGCCACUUCCCCAGCAGAGCUGGGGAAUGACUGCCUGGUAAGCUUUGGCCUGCCUGUGCUGACUCUAGCUCAGGUUGUUAGAUGCUUAGUAGGUUAAAAGUAAUUCCUUUCUUUCUUUUAAUUUAUUUUUUUAUUUAAUUAAAAAAUUAUUUUUUUGAGUCAGGGUCUCACUGUGCAGCCCUGGCUGUCCUGGAACUCAUUGUGUGGAUCAGGCUGUUCCUAGACUCACAGAGAUCUGCCUGCCUCUGCCUCCUUAGUGCUGAUAUUGAAGAUGUGCUAAUGUUAAAGCUACCGCAUCUGGCUACUAAGUAAUUUUUGUAAUAUAAGGACAUAUUUAAAGUGUGUAUUUCAUAACCUGUUGAGCUACAGGUCAACUUAACCAUUGACAAUGUAAGAUGUGAGAUGUUGUUACCAAAGGGGAAGAAUGAGGGGUCGCUGUGGGGCUUUGAUGAGUUGACAAUGGACUGAAAGAUGUUUCCACCCUUCUCCUCAGGAUAGGAAUGGGCCUGGGGGAGAUGGCAGACCUGGUCACCAGAUAGUCUGUCAGGCUUCACGUCACAACAGAAGGAAACAGCCAUGGGGUGCAGCCAUUGUCACAUUAAGGCCCCAGGCAUUUUUCUCAUGGGGUCUGACCAGGUUUUACUUUAAACUGACUACAUGUGGGAACUCUUAGUUGCUCAGUGUUCUCUACAUAUUAGAUGGAUUAGCUUACAUGUGCUCAUUCUUGGCAAUCCCCGCCUUUCCUCUCUCAGUCCCCAGGGUUUUGUGCAUACUGGGUAAAUCAUCUAUGCCUGGGCUAUAUAUACCCCAAGUUCUUCAGAACCCUUGCCUUCUCAGGAGUAUGCCUUCCCUCCUGUGUGAGGAAGCAUGGCAUGAGUGGGUGUUUAGGCUUGCGCAACCAUGAGAUAUAGGUUUGAAUGUUGGCAUCACUCUCAACCUACCUGACCAGAGUGCAAGCCUUGCUGUUUCUGUCUGUAAAGUGGGGGCAAUUCUUUUAGCACUAAAGAAAGUAAUAUGUCAGGUGCUGAGCAUGUGUGCUAACCAGGCUAUUAUCUCCAAGUCAUUCUCUUGACAGCAUUUAGAAUGGUCCAGCUCUUCUAGAGAAAGCAGAGAAGUUAACAUUUUGGGGGGAGCACUCAGGGCUUGGGUCUCACAUUGAAAUAGUCUCAUGUCAUCUUUUAGCGUGUUUGUUAUCCCUAGGUGUAAAACAUGAGACUUUGGGGUGUCUGACCAAAGUCGGGCCAUGCUGUCUUGCUUCCCUGUGUGGAGGUUUGCUCACUCACUUCCAUGUGCGUCUGUCAUUGUCUGGGUACCAGACUGUAUUUAGAGAAUGGCUCAUGCCACUGUUAUGUAUACACAGAGUCUAUGUGUAAACAAGCAAAUUAAAGUACAUUGGAGAUAAUGGAAUCCCA